AUAAAAAGAAGAAAAAAAUGUAUUAAAGAAACGAUCAUAACAAAAAAUACAACCUUCAAAAAAGUAAUUCAAUCAAUGAACUGUGAAACAAUAAUAAAUUUUCACGAAGAAAGUAAAUACAGCAUCGUAAGAGAACACCAUUGUCAAAAGAUUGCCGAAACAAACCUAACCUCCAUUUCGAGCCGCACGCUUGAAAGCAGACUUUCUCCGUCACCGUGUAUUACUUGAUGUAUGUACCCAUAAAUACGUGUCUCUCUUCUGUGAACCGUAACACAAAUCCUUUCCAAGUUUUAUUUAAGCAACGCAAGAAGGCAGAAAACAGUGGAUACUAUAUACAGUAUCGUUUAAUCGAACGAAAAAAAGAGCGAGAAAGUUGAUGGUGCGGUGUUCUUGAUUGUUUAUCAACAGGUUACCGGUAGAAUGGAAGCGUUUGGAUCUCGCGGUGGAUCGAUCCCGAAUCAGUGAAGCGUAACUAGUUGAAAAGAGGGUAUCGGCCGGGGAAAAACGUCCGAUGAUCGAAGCAUCGGAGAAGAGACGCGAUGGGAGUGGGGAUAGCAAGACACGACGCUCGCGGCCAGUUAUGGUGGCGAACCAUGCUUCAUGGUGGGGUUGAAAGGUGGCGCAGUCAUUUAUGGUUGCCGGUUGUUCAUCCGACGGUUCAGUUGCCCGUCUGACCAACAACGACAAAAACCUCGAAUGGCGAACGUACGAUGAGCAGUCGACUCGAUUAUUCGAUUUUAAGGAUUAUUCGUUAUAUGGAACCGACAACGUUUAUGAAAUUCUAUUUCCAUUAAUCGUCGCAAGUUUAUUGGUUUCUACAAUUGAUUGCUCUAUAAUCGAGACCUCGUAUAAGCUUUGAAGAUUCUAAAGAGGAAGAAAAUAUAUAUAUAUAGUUUCGAGAUAGAAAAGUGAUAUCUGAACGAUGUUUGUGAGAAGUAUGUUUACGUUUGAAUAACUAUGUUGGAGAAUUCGAUUAAUAUUUAGAUAGAAUUGUUGUUUGUCAAAAUUUAAAUUUCUGUAUAAUUUGAAAUUCAGUUUAUAUAAAGAAGAAAGAAGAAUUUAAAUAAUAAUGAAGUUAAAGAAGAAAUGAUUUAUUGGAAGACAUGUUUUGAAUAGAAAAGUGGUACCUGAUUAAUUUGAGAAAUAUAUUUAUGCUUGAUAUUUUAUGAAUAUAUCAAAAUGUUUGAUUAGUAGUUUUCUAAAAUUAAUAUUUGUGAUCUGAAGAUUGUUGUUGCAAAAAAUUGUGAUUCAAAGAAUUUCUCGAAGAAUAGGAAUAUGGUUGAAAGUGUGUACAAUACUUCUACGAAAAUUCAAGAAGAAUUUGAUUAAUAAUUCGUUGCUUUUGAUGGUGCGUAAUUAUACAAGUAUUUUUUUCUGAAGAAUUUAUGAAAGAAAUUUAGAUUUAUCCUGCAUUUGGCUAAAGUGAAUUUUUUCAGAAGAUAAAAAUAUUGUUCAUCUUUAAAAAAUUUUAACAUUUCUUCUUAAAGGGAAUUAAUGAUUACGAUAUCCUGCAAAUAAAGACGUAUUUCCGAAGAAUUCAUCGAAGAAAAUUAAGAAAUUUUUCAGAGGCAUUAUAUUGAAAGAUAGCCUCUUUGCUGGAAUACCAGAACGAUUUAAAGAACGUUGUGGAAAAUAGAGAUAUAUAUUUAUGAUUGAGAACAUAAAGUAGAUCGAGGAAUUUGAUACGAUUAUUUGAAAAAUAGUUCGAUUAAUAUCUAAGACUAUUGGAUUUUCAAAUAAUAAUCCGAACACGAAGAAUAAAAAAAUUGUUCCAAGGAAAUACUUCACAAAGUAGUAGAGCUUCGACACGAAAUUUCAAGAAAACUAUGAUCCACAAUUGGAACUAUCAUUUUUUGACGAUAUAUCCUUUAAGUCUCGAAGCAAAGAACUGUCCUUUAAAAAAGUUGUUUUUCGAAGUGGAAAAGUGAUUUAAUUAUGAUUCUUUGAAAAGUGACACGAUAUAUUUAUCUUGGAAAUCGCAAAGUGGAUCAAGCAAUUUGAAGCAAGUGAAAUUUCAAACAAGAGGAAUUCAAUCAGUAAUGGAAACCUUCUUUAUUAAUACUCUAUAAAUGGAUUAUUGAAAAAUUUCUGAAAACAACCGAAGAAAUAUUUUGAAGUUGAAUCGUUCUGAAUUGUACAUUUUAAAUAGCAAUUAACAUUUAAUUCUGAUAUAAUAAUAACACUCUUGUAAAAAGUUUACAAAUGAAACUUGUGAAAACUCGACUAUAAAAUAAUUUUAAAAAAAAUUCUAUUUUUCGAAAAAAGAAGAAAUAAUUAAAAAACAAAGUAACAAUAAUACACAUUAAUUCUUGAAGUCAGAAAGUGGACCAAAGAAUUAGAUCUGAGAUCAUCAAAAUUUGAAAAUUCAUCAACUUUGAAAAUUUUGCAAAAUUUGAAUUACAUUGAUUUUUAUAUAUUUUUUUUUUUUUUUUGGAAUGGACGACGGAUGAAAGAUUCUAAAAGUGUUCGUUUAAAAUAGAAUUCCUCCGAGGAAAAGAAAUGAAGAAGCACGUGAUUCGUUCUCCUGUCGAAAUUUGAAAAGAAUUUUUCAAAGAACGAAUAUUGAAGAAAGAUGCGAGAGAAUUGUUAUUUGAGAAAAUAAUCCUUGUAUCAACGAUGAGUUCUUUAAAAAGAUCGACAAAUCAAUCGACGAGAGAAGGUGCCGGCGGUAGGAGGCACGCACUCACCGGAAGUAGCUCGAAGAGCUUGAGGAACGUUGUCCACACGACUACAGCGCCUGGUUCACCGCUUCGCCACAGAUCCAAAUACGAAUUGAGGAGCAUCAGUUUGGAAGGCACCAAAGUUUUACCAUGGACAGCACGAUCUACCACGGAUGCCAUUUCCAGGCGAGGUGUUCUCUCCAGACGAUAUUAUGGCAGCGUCGAAAUGCUGCCGCAAAUCGAGCAAGACGGGUCUGACAAUGGGAGAAGAUUUCGAGUGGAGAAUGGUGAUUCCCUUGGCGAGAAGGAGGAAAUGUUCGGAUCACCGAGUACGCCGAUAUUGGAAAAUCCCGAAUAUCAGACUCGUUGGUACUUCAAGUACUUUCUCGGAAAACUGCAUCAAAAUUAUGUCGCUGCGGAUCAAGAGAGGAAUCCUCUGUUUCUCUCAGUUGUGACAAGUGAAGUCAGUGAUCAAAGCGUACCUCAUUACAGAGUGAUUUUAUGGCGAAAAACUGGCGCGCAGAAGAUAUCGCUGCCGUACUCUGCAAACAAAACAAUGACAAUCAGGCAGAUCCUGAGUAAUUUCUUUGGACUGGAAAAGCUCGACAAGGCACCACGCGAAAUAUUUUCUCCAGAGAUUCAAAAGGAUCUGCUCUUGUUGGAAGAACAAGAAGGUUCUGUCAACUUCAAAUUCGGCGUGAUAUAUGCGAAAAAAGGACAGACAACCGAUGAUGAGAUGUUGUCCAAUGAAAAGGGUAGUCCAGGUUUCGACAAAUUUCUCGAGAUUCUGGGUGAAAGAAUACGACUAAAGAAUUGGGACAAAUAUCGUGGUGGUUUAGAUAUAAAAGGUGAUAUGACCGGAAAAGAAAGUUAUUAUACGGUAUACGCAGGACACGAAGUGAUGUAUCAUGUGAGUACAAUGCUUCCUUAUUCAAAGGACAAUCCACAACAGCUGGAGAGAAAACGACAUAUCGGUAACGAUAUCGUUAACAUCGUUUACACGGAUGAUCCUAACGCCAUAGACAGUUUCAAUCCGAAUUGCAUUAGAAGUCAAUUUACUCAUGUAUUUGCGGUGGUAUCGGCCGAAGAAAAUGACAAAGGAUGGCGCGUGGCAAUUUACUGCGAUGAAAAUGUUCCUCUAUUCGGACCAAGCCUUCCUUGCCCACCCGUUUUCGAGGAUCCAUACACUCUGCGAGAAUUUCUUCUCGUGAAAUUAAUAAACGGUGAAAAGGCUACGUUCAACACGCCAACAUUCGCCCAAAAAAGAGAAAGAACCCUAGAUGCUCUUCUUCGAGAUAUGUAUCAAGAACACUCGCAGGAAAGUAAGAGCAACAAAGGAAAAUCGAUCGAAUUUUCACAGAGUAUGUUAAACCGACGAGCGUUGUCGGAUGUCGUGGAGGCUCCAGGUCGGCGUCGCGAGGAGACGCGUGCUGUGGAGAUGGUGCGCGUCGGCCAAGCUCUGAAGCUGGAGGCGAUCGUCAGAGGUUUGGCGCCAACUUCCUUGGCCACGGCUGGCCCGUUGAAGCCAAGGCCUUGGGAGCCAAGGUGCAUCUAUCCCGAUUUCCCCCACGAGGUUGUCUGUGGAGAUGUUUGGCUGGAUAACAAAUUGAUCCUCGCUAGUGAGAAUGGAACUUUUUUAAUCGAAGAUAGCUUAUCUCACAGGCUAAUCUUUGACGAGUCUGUGCAAAUAAAACAAUUAGACGUGGUCGAACAACACGGAAUAUUGUUAUUUCGCGCCGGUGACAAGGGCAAGGAAAGCAACAUCUACGUUUUUCGUCUGAAGGAAUUCGAGAAUAAUACGGCGAAUAGGUCGGCCGAGGUCGUGUUGAACGACCGCGAGGACGAUCAAGAGUACGAGGACAAUGGCGACGAGGAUGAUGCGGAUGACGAUGCUGACGAGAGCGAGGAGAACGAUUACGACAAUUUCACGCGGGCCACCGCGAAAUUUAAGCCGGUGAUCCGUCGUACGCAUGCUCGUGUUCGCCCCUUGGCUGUUCGGGGACGGGCCCAUAUAAAAGAAAGGAGAUUACCUAGAGCCCGGGGCUGUCAUUUGUAUGCCAUUACAAUGCCUGGUGGUUCUCACCUGCGCAUGUGUGCGGUAGUAGGAAGGCGUUUAACAGUUCUUCAAUGGAAACAUAACGCUGCAUGGACCGCGUGGUGUUCUGCCGCAGACACAGACACUGUCGAGGGUUUUUUGCAUUUAAAAGACUUCAACGCUAGUGAAACCCCAUCGUUAGUAACGAUAAUUGAAAAUACGGAUUCGAUCAAUGAAUGGACACUUUGCUGCGGUAUUCGGCAUCAUUUUGAGCUAAUCUCAGCGUCUGGAAGCACAAGAAUUCUUCAUAUCGAGGGAGUGCCAAAACCACAUCUGGUAGCUGCAUUGGAUCUUUGCGAGGACGAGGAACCUGAGUUGUUACUUUGUUAUAACAAUACGUGUCAUUUUCAAAAACUCCUGGAAGAAAAUACCGCACCAACGGAAUUUGAUUUUAAUUGGAAUUCUGUACCGGCAGCAAUAGCUUGUGCCUUUCCCUACGUAAUCGCCUUUACUAAUGAUACCAUGGAAAUACGAUUGAUAAUUAAUGGAAAUUUGGUGCACACGAUCGCCAUGCCGAAUCUAAAUCUAAUCACCUCGAAGCAAGACAUCUUCUUCGCUACAACAGCGCCGGAGUUUUUGCCAGGAAAAUGCGAAAGAAUCCGACUGGAUUCAAAGCCCCCAGACAAGGAGGAACCGGUUUCCAGUCCUCCUCCUUUCGCGCAAUCUUCGUCGUCUCGAUCUAAUCUGCAAAAUAAUCAGAGCGACUGGAAACCAAUAAGAAUCUAUCAAAUACCAUUGCAAACAUUAUCGAGAAGUACUCUAUCGAAUUGCUCGCAACGACGAUGUCCUAGUCCAGGAGAAUCAGAAAUCAUCUCCUCUGCACCACCAACUACUGAUAAAAGUUUUCUCAGUGUUGAACCUCACAGAGCAUUGAGCAGAUCAUGUAGCAGCAGUCCAACACCAACGCCGACGACUUUAAUUCCUCCACGGUUCAGAAAAUAGAUUAAAUAGCGAUCAAGAAGUUUCUUUUAAUGACAAAUUUCUUUAAAAGAUCGCAAGCUGUACCUGACGCUCGUGCCUCGGUAGGAUUGAUGAUGGAUAAUGCACAAUUCUAUGCAUUUAAAAAAAAAAAGUGUAGCUAGAACUUACUGCCGUUGCAAAGAGCAAUCGAGACAAGUUUGCUAUAAAAAUAGAUAACGUAACCAUACGUGCAAGAAGUGCCCUUGAUGAUUUUUAAGUCAAGAGAAAUCUUUUUUGUUAGAUACAUCUAUAUGCUUUUCUUCCAUAGUUUUUUAAUACAAACGCGUUUCUUUUUUUUUUUUUCUUUUUCUUUUUUUUUUUUUUGUCGAGUAAUUCCUCGACAUAUCGUAAACGGAUUAUAAAUUUAUAUUUCUUGAAAGAAAAAAAAAAAAAGAUAAUGAUAAGUGAUGAUAUAUAACAAAUUACUUUGGCUUUUAAAAUUUAAAUAAAAAUUUAUAUUUCAAAAGAAAAGAGAUAGAGAAGGGAAGAGGAGGCAAAGAUUUGUUAAAAAUAUGCAGGUAAGAAUUUAUUCUACAAUGAUCUUAUUUUUUAAUAAAAUUUUUAUAAAAAUGCUUCAUUUUUUGUGUGCUAUAUUCAGUGCCAGAAUCAAAAAAAUUUGAUAAAUCAAAAUGAUAAUCAAAUUUAGAAUGAAUAAAAAUUAUCUUGGUGAUUUAUCUCAGUUUGAGAAAGCGAGUUAUAAUAAAAGAAAUUUUAUUAAUUCUUAAAGAUUUUCUUCAGGGAUUUACUUGGGCUGUGCCACAUUUACAAUUGUUUUUAAGUGAUUCAUAAAUACUUAUACUUUAUACGUCAGUGGUCAUGUUUUAUUAAUAAAUACGUACAAUACGACCACAUGUAUAUAUAAAAUAAUAAUUAAUAAAAUAUAUGCUGUCAUUGGUAAGAUUUUUCGCUGCGAACUUGCUCAUGCCAUUGAAUCGCCUAGCGAUUUUCCGUCUUUCAUUCUAACUUGUUCGGUUUCUACAUGUAUGUAUCUAUUGCAAAUAAAAAGAGAAUAAUGUAAAAA